UAAAUUCAUAAUUGUAGCCCCAGAAAAAUGUUUCUUUUCAUGAUUAACAUUCCAUUGAUUGUUUGAUGUUUGCUGUUUGUUGUUGAAAUAACUUAAAUGUUUAUGCCAAUUAUAUAUGUCAUGAUGACAAAUUUAACAAUGGAUCAAAAUGAAUUUCAAAAUUCUAGACCAACAGUUUCAACGAUUAAUGAAUUGGAAACAAUGGUUGAUGAUAAUUCGAAAAUAAAAUCACCACCAUCAUUGAUGAAGAAAAAACGAACUAAACGUUCUUCAUCGCUUACAUUGUCAACAAAAAAAUUGAUAAAAAAAUUUGUUCCACGUGUAUCAUUACCAUCGAUCGAUAAUCAUGGUAUGAUUCGAAUGAUAAUCAAACCAAAUCAUUCAUCACAAUCAUUAAAAAUGCCGAACGAUAAUGAAGACAUUUUCAUGUUGACAAAAAAAUCUAAAAAACAUCGAAAAUUAGGAGUACUAAAAUCCGUUAACAUGGAUGUUGAUAUUCAAGAACAUCGAUUCAAAAAUGUUUGCGAUGAUUAUUAUGAUACAAUUAAUUCAUCAAAAAUUCAAGUUAACAUUCUAAAUGAAGCAUACAACAAACUAUCUGAAUUGCAAAAUCGAUUCAAAUUUGACGAACAAAAUCGUGAGAAUCAAUCACCGGAUAAUCCGAAUAUAUCCUCUAAAGAUGAUGAUUUUGAUUUAGAAUUAGAUUUUGAUAAAUUUUUAGCACAAAAUCAUCGAAUGUUUGUAACAUCGAUCGAAGCAAAACAAUAUGAAUAUCUUUGUAAUCGAUUACAUGAUGAAACAAUUGAUGAUGAAAAUAUAAAAUGUGUUACACACCGUUUACAACGAUUAUGGCAAUGUAGACAAACAUCACGUCUAAUAUUUUUUUAUGAAAUGUUUUCAUUCAUGUUUAAACGAUAUUUGCAAUUCAAUACUUGUACACAUCAAAAACCUUGUCCAUCAUCGGUAAACGUAUCACGAUUUCAACGAUUUGCCAUACCAAUUUUACAAGAAUUUACGAAAAUUAUCGAUCCAAAUAAAAGUAUGAUUUUACAGAUUGAAUUGUUAGCUGCUAUUGAAUCGUUAGUUUGCCAUAAACAAGAAUAUUUAAUAGCUGUAGCCGAUGUUUUUGAUCUAUUGCUAAAAUCACCAUUAAUAGAACCAUGUGCAUUUCCAAAAUGGUCAAGAUUGGAAGAUCCAAACAUUUAUUUUUGUAAUGAUAAACAACAUCAAAAAGUGAUUAAAUCAAAAUCAAAUAUUUCGAUCAAAAAUGAUCAAAAAGAAAAAGAAAAACAACAACAACAACAACCGGAUACGAUACCAACAAUACGUGAUCUCAUCAUUAAACAACUUGAAAACAAUGGUAUUCCUUUAUCGAAAAAAAAUCGAAAUUCAAUAUCAUAAAAAAUGUUUAAAAAAUAGUGUAUUAAAUUAUUAUCU